AUGGCCCACAAGUCUUUGGCAAGAAUACUUCCAGAUCGCGAUCUGGAAUACGCCUACGCUAGCUACGACCAGAACGACAGACUGCAGCUGGACAAGACGGCCACAACCAAUCCCAACGACGAACGCCAGGUUCACCGGCCCGAGAGAAAGAAUGAAAGCCGCCGCAAAAAGAGCAGCAGCGGUGACCAACCCGUCGACAGCCAGGACAUCACCACCACCACCAGCGAGGCCCAGCUGACGGGGCGGACAGUACCCCGCGCCUACCCACCUUGCGACGCCUGCGUCACGCGCGGCCGGAGCUGCUCGCAGUACCGGCCCUGCGCAUCGUGCCACGGCGCCGGCGACACGUGCAGCGACUCGCGCGCCCUGCACGCGCUCGGCAACCUCGAGCCACCGGGCCGAAAGCGCAAGCUCGGCGGCCUCACGGACGAGCAGGGCCGACCCAUCAAGCGCGGCCGCAUGGAAGUCCUCAAGGGUCCCUGCGCGUCGUGCGCCGCGGUGCCGUGCGAUGCCGACCACAGGCUGCGCAUCGAGUGCACGGCGUGCGCCGACGUGCGCGCCGUCCGCGAUCCGGACCACAAGUGCGUCGUCGCCGAGACGGCCGUGUACAUGCCCAAACGCAGCCGGUGGACGCGCGCCCCGUACAGCAACAUUGCGCAGGUCGUGCAUUGGGGGUGCGAGGGGUGUCGCGGACGGUCGUACCGGCGGUGCGAUGUCGACCCGCGCGUUGAAGUCGGCUGCACCGAGUGCGCCGUGCGCGGCCACGAGUGCCGCUUCAUGCCGGACAGAAGGGAGCCGGAGGACGUCAAGACGCUGUGGCGGCGACCGCUGAAGGCCGAGUUUGAGCGCAAUCCUGGCCCGGCUUGGUGGCGGCGGCGGUGCGGGCGAUGCGCAGCGCGGGGCCUCAACUGCUCGUGGCUGGCCGACUACCGCAACAUUGGCUUCAAGUGCCAGAACUGCGUCGACGAGCAGAGCAAGGAGAGAUUCAAGGUGCCGGAUGCCGUCGUCGAGUGUUUCGACGCCGAGGACGGGUACACGUUGUGCCUCCGGGAGAUGGAAAACGUGCGGGACGAUGGGAGCCUCGUGCUGCCGACCAAGAUUGUGAACCGAAAGGUGCCGUGCUCGCUGUGUCGCCGCGGUGGCAGCCGUCAAACGUGUCGCGAAUACGAAGGCCUGGGCGACGUCGCAUGCGUGCGAUGCAACACGUGGGGGUUGCCCUGCUACGACAAGGCCGACGAGUCGGUACACCCGUCGGGGGAUGCGGACCACUCUGGCGAGUUCCUCAAGCCAAAGCCGUACGCAGAUUUGCAGGUCAUCGGCUGGGGCUCCGGCACGAGGACCAUGAUGGAAUAUACUGUCUGCAAGCCGUGUGAGGCGGGCGACCACAACUGCGACAGACAGCGACCUUGCGACAAGUGUGUCGAACGCGGCGAUACACAGCAGUGCACCUUUAUCCCAAGGGUCAAGGACAUGCCGGCGGGCCUCUUCCGGCGCUCCGCAUUCCCAGUUACUGGCGUGGUGCCAAAGAUCUCCAUGCUGCCGCCGUCCUACUACAUGGCUCUCGGCUUUGGCCCGUUCGGGGUGGAUGAUGACCGGGUCGGGCCGGUGCGGGGCAUCGGCGUCCCGGGUCCGCAGUGGGGCAUGUGGCAGGUCCGGGUUUCGGACCCGGAUGAAUCCAAUACGGCCACCAACAACCGGCCCGAAACCCGGAAACUCGUGCGCCGCGGCAAUCGGGCUAUUCCGCCCCGGAAACUUGGUGAUACUAGCGAGCAGCCACCCUCCAAGGACGAUCCUCCGAAAGACAAGCAGCAAGACCAACGCAUACCCCAACCCCAACCAAAGGUUAAGAGGCAGAGUGAGCCUCCUGUUGUUCUUGGACCCCAGGGCUACCCCGUGUAUCCCGAGGUGAAAGAACAAGAAAACGAAGACAUCAUCAUGUAUGAUGGGUCCUUUGCUUUCGACAACGACCUCGACAACGACGACGAAUUGAUGGCCAUUCUCCACAACGACUACCCCGUUUUUGAGCCUUGCCCACUACCCACAGAGGAGGACCUCGACGAUGCCGCCAUCUUGGCCGAGCUCAGCUCUCUGUUUGAUCCAUCAUCUAGCUUUCCCAAGGCUUACCUUGGCGAGAAUGCGUUGCCGCCCGUCGAUGGUGAGCUGGACGGGCUGUGGCUCGUCCCGCCCCCCGAGCGCGUCCUCCUGACGCUCCAGUCCCAAGAUGUCAGCGCCGUGGCUCGCCAUCCCUGGGCCGCUGCCGAGGACCCUACCAGACGUGACGACCGCGCAAACCACCUCCUGGCAAGGUGGCAGCGUCCUUCCGGCACAAACAUCCUCGCCGCCAUUCCCGACGAGCAAGACGUCUUCUCGCCAGACCUCCAGAACCCCUGUCCUCCCUGCCGCGAGCCCACGAGGCCCGGCGACACGACGCAGACCUGCCAAACGCCCUGCCCCGACCAGAACGCCGUCUGCGCAUCCCGCCACCACCUCUUUGACCCAGCCGGCCCCCGUCCCGUCUGCGCAGCCUGCGACACGCGCUCCGUGACCGACACGCUCCACGGCCCGAACCGCCUCACGGGCGCCGACAUCCUCUCGCUGCGCACCUACACCUGCUCCCACUGCACGAGCGCCGAGGUCCAGACCACCGGCGGCGGCGCCAUCGCCGACAGCAGCAACACGACCACCAUCGCCCGCGGCGCCCAGCACCCGCUGACGGGCUGCCUCUGCGGCACGAAGCUCCUCGGCCGCCCGCUCUGCGCCGCCCACCGCGCCGCCCUCGCCGCGCGCGCCGUCAUCCAGGCGGCCCUCGUGCGCGAGUGGCAGGUCGUCAACUUUGCGCCGGACCAGUGCGUCUUCUGCAAGGCCCGAGGCGGCGGCACGUCGGCCACUAUGCCGGGCCGCGACACACCGAGCGUGUUCCACUGCAGCGUGUGCGCGCGGGUCGUCGAGGACGGGGGCCGCAUGCCGACGCUGUUUCCGGGGUUCGAGGGCUGGGCCGCCGGCGCCGGGGCAGCGGCGUUUCGGGCCAACGAGGGGACGCCGGUGCCGGCGAGGGUGCCGGCUUGGGGGGCUGGGGCGCGGGGUGCGGGUCGGUAG